UCGUUCAAAUCCUGACGAGAGAAUACAGAAAUGGAGGUUGCAGCUCUUUCUGUGCUGAAACGAGCGAUGGAGAUGGAUUCAAAAGAACAAUAUACAGUGGCAUUGGUAUUGUACAAGGAAGGUGUGAAGAUACUUCUCAACAUCGCAAAAGGUACUGUCGCCACGAUGCUUGUCGUUUCUCUGUUUCAUUUUCGUUAACCCGGGAAUGCGUGCAUCGGUUAUUUCCCCGUAUUUUUUCGUUUUCUAUACACGCCCGCGAUACACGCCCACUCCCAGGUUAAAUAUCUGCAAAUAUAAGGGAACACAAGGUUCUUCUCGAUUGAGCCCUGCUUUUCGUAUUUGACAUACAGCAAAUUUUCUAAUCUUAUCAAAUUUAAAUGUCAAAGAUAAUAUAGAGAAUUCAAUCAUAUGUUACUAAUUCUGAGUUUAUUUUUAGAUGCAAAAAGAAUUCUAUUUACUGAACUAAACUCUGAAAAAUUCUUUUUGAAUCUGAAAAUAUAUAUAUAAAUUCAGAAUUGGUGACAUUGACUGAAUUCUUUAUAAAUUUUUUUUGAAUUCUCUGGAAAGACUUGGGCUAUGUUACAUACAUUAUCCACUUCAAAUAUUAACAAACCAUAAUUCAUGUUAUAUAUAUUGUAGAUUUUCAAUACAGAUAGAGUGAGUGACAGAACAUAGUUUUAGUUUUACUCUUAUAUUUAUAGUAGAGUGAUUUGAACUUCAAUUUUUGUAAUAAUUUCUGUUAUUGAAAUGUUAUUUGAAAUUAUAAAUAUUAAAAUAUGUAAUAUACUUACAUAUGAUUUACAAAUCAUAUUUGAUAUCAAGGAGAGGCUCUUUUCUUUUGUAUUUAUUGAGUGUUUUUCAUUUAAUGAUACAAACAAAUACAUGUAUCUAAUUUUAUAUCUAUUGAUUUAUUAAAUAUGGAACAAAGAUAAAAUGUUGUGUUAACAACAUAUUCUUGUCAAAUAACAGAAACUUCUAAUAGGUAUCUUAAAGAAAUUUUAUUAAAGAUGGUUGAAAAAUAUCCCAAUUUUUCAGAUGUCUUUUAAAUAUCUUUUAGAUAUUGUGAUAUUUGAACACUUUUAAAAUAUUUUUUUAAGAGAAAGUAAGAUUUUAGAAGUUGUGCUGCUACCUAAGGUGUUACUAAAUGGAAAGCACUCACUCUUUUCUUUCUAUGUCAUGGAUUAGAGCACCUCUCGCUAAAAAUGCUGGAGUUGUUAGUUUUAUUGUAUUGCUACUUUCGUGGCUCAAUUCAAGAAUAUUAAUGAAUAUUAAUGAAACGAUAGACACAAGAGAAGUAUCCAAGAAGGAAUACUUUACUGCUAUGGCAAAGGAAUUUCUGGACAGAGCUGAAAAGGUGAGAAAGUUUAUUCAUAUGAAGAAACUAACUGGUUCCUACAGAGAGUCGACAAAAAUUGAGAGUGGAUCAAUAGGACACAGCUAUGCAAGUGUUUUUGGCAGAUUUUUAGAUAAUACUGUCACUUUCAUUGAUAUUGAAGACCCAUUCAUAAGAACCUUCCAUCAAUGUCAAAACUUGGUUAGAUUAUGCGAACUGGCUGUCCAAAAGUGUUGUACACUAUCUAGGAUAUCUCUUCUGACGACUUAUGAUUCAGAGAAUACUAAUCAAAUCAUAAGAUUGGCAGAGUUAAAGGAGAGUUUGAUGUCUCGUAAAAUUUCCUUCGAUUUUUCCUUUUCCGAAACGUUACAUGAUAGAAAAAUUUUAUUGAGCAAUGGAUGGGUGAUUAAAAUCGGACGUGGAUUAGAUUACUUUAGAAAUUCGGAUGGCCAAUUUAUCCUCGGUGCGUGUGAUCUGGAAUUGAGACCCUGCUUGGAGACGACAGUAGACAUUUUCCCACAAAACAUAUCUUCAGAUACCAGCAGUAAGAAAUAAUUAGUGACAGUAUAAAUAAAGAAUAAAAUGGUCAUUUUUUUAUAAGAUUUUACAAAUAUAUUAUAGAAUUAUGGCACAUUUUUUACGGCUGAAAAAUAAAACCGUAUUUUUACAUAGUAUAAGUUUGUAUCUUUAAAGAUACAAAACACGAAACUAAGUACUAUACUAUAAAUCUCUUUUUAAUGAUGAAUCAACUUGUUUCUUGUAUUAUUUUUAUAUUAUGAAACGUAUUGUAAUUAUAGUUUACUAUUAUUCAAUACAUAUUUACAGCGCCCCGUUUUUACUAUACGUGACUUUUCAUUGCCGAUUGGAACCAGCGCGAUGGAUCCUUUCCCUAUGAAGUAUCUCCUCAAUCCAACGUACUGCGAUUCUUGGCCUUUGCGAUUCCGAUUUGCUUCACUGCUUUCCUACAUGCUCGCCUCAACGAUCUGGUAUAUCUUAAUAAGCCCGUUUCUACCUGCGGCUCGUCUUUUUCCGUUUCGGCCCGCUUGUCGAAGCCACAAACCGGAAGAAAAUCGCCGCCGCCGACUGCGAACACUUGCCGCGCGAUUUCUGGGUCCACACAGAGCACGGCUAGAGACCCUUGAGUAGAGACUGGACAUAACGGGGUUCCGCGUAAUUGGUGCACGUGACUUUUGCUCACAAAAUGGCAGCGCCAACAUAAGUAAAGUGAGAAAAAAUAUAUUCGUCUCACUCUACUUAUUGCACUAAUGCAGCAGUGCAGCGAAAAAGAAUAGAUCAUGUAUUUCUUACGAGCUCACGUAUUGGCGGCCGCCACUUUGUCUAGUCUCUCUUGAAGGGUCUCUAAACGCGGCGGCCGCGGUGACUUCCAGUCGUCGAUACCCAGUAAACAUGCAUGACUAAAAGAUG